AUGGAAUAAAAAAAACUGAGUAAAAUUAUUGAACUAGUUUUUCUGUCCAUUGCUGUAAAAAUAAUAACUUAAUAUAAUAAAGUGGUUAUCAAUAAUGGCCUGUUUAAUUAGAACUGAUUUUAAUUUCCCCUUUGCCUUUUUUUGUUAUUAUCUAUGGAUAUCAAGAGAUGAUAAAGCUAAUUCUUUAAUGGUAAUUAAUCCUUAUAAUCUAAAUAAUAUAGUUAAUGGUUUUGAAUGGAAUCCUCAUCUUAGUAGAUUUAAUUUGGCUUCUAUCAGUUGGAUCAAUUUGGACAGCAACAGAGAAAAACAAUCCUGUCUGGGGACACUUACAUGGUCUUCAUGUUUUUGUUAUAUUUAUUAGCAUUAUAAAUGUCUUAUUGAAAGUAUUGUAAUCAAUUCUAUUAAUAGGUUGGUGUUAUUGUAGCAAUAAAUUCUUAUAGAGGAAAUCAAUCUUAAGUUGGUAAUCCUAAUCUUUAUUUUAGAUGGUUCAUUAUAGAAUCCACAAUAGAGUGGUCUAAAUGAUAUUUCUUAAAAUAGACAAGUCCCUUAUGGAUAAUAUUGA